AUGUCAAAAGCCGAAUCUUCCAAAGCAGCCGCCAGCAAUGGUGUCAAACCAAACCCCAACGCUGCUGGUGGUGCUAAUUACGAGCUGCCAUGGGUAGAGAAAUAUCGUCCCGUCUACCUCGACGACGUCGUCGGCAAUACCGAAACCAUCGAGCGCCUCAAGAUCAUUGCCAAGGAUGGCAACAUGCCACACAUGAUCAUCUCCGGCAUGCCUGGUAUCGGCAAAACUACAUCCAUCCUCUGUCUCGCACGCCAACUCCUCGGUGAUGCUUACAAGGAGGCCGUUCUCGAACUCAACGCCUCCGAUGAACGUGGUAUCGAUGUCGUCCGCAACAGGAUAAAGGGUUUUGCGCAAAAGAAAGUCACACUUGCGCCAGGCAGGCAGAAGCUGGUCAUUCUGGACGAGGCGGAUAGCAUGACCAGUGGUGCACAGCAAGCCCUGAGGAGGACGAUGGAGAUCUACAGCGGAACGACACGAUUUGCAUUCGCUUGCAACCAGUCGAACAAGAUUAUUGAGCCGUUGCAGUCGAGAUGUGCCAUCCUCCGAUACGCCCGCCUUACCGAUGCCCAAGUCGUGCGCCGCGUUAUGCAGAUCUGCGAGGCCGAGGACGUGAAAUACUCAGAUGAUGGAAUCGCGGCACUCGUCUUCUCAGCCGAGGGCGAUAUGCGACAAGCCAUCAACAACCUACAGUCAACAUUUGCCGGUUUCGGCUUCGUAAAUGGCGACAAUGUGUUCAGGGUGGUUGACAGCCCACAUCCCAUCAAGGUGCAAACCAUGAUCAAAGCGUGCCAUGAGCAGCGGAUCGACGAUGCUCUGGCAUCACUGAAAGAGCUAUGGGAUCUGGGGUAUUCAUGCCACGAUAUCAUCAGCACAAUGUUCAAAGUUACAAAGACCAUUGAUACGCUGAGUGAGCACGCCAAACUGGAAUUCAUCAAGGAAAUCGGCUUUACCCAUAUGCGCAUUCUCGAAGGCGUGCAAACACUACUCCAACUGUCCGGUUGCGUUGCGCGCUUGUGCAAGAUCAACAUGCAACCCCAGUUAUUCGCCCUUCCCACAACAUCGAAAUGA